UAAAUUACUAAAGACAUUUUAAAAACCAUACAGACAUUUAAAAAAAAACUAAUAAUACAAAUGACCAAAAACCAUUAUAAUUUAGAGAUUAAAAUGAAAACUAAUUAUAACCAUAUAAACACAUUUAAAAAAAACCCUGCCAAAUGUGAAAUUAUAAAAAUAAAAGCUAAUUCCGACUCUGACACAGAGAGGUGGAGACGCUGGUGAUGAGGUGAUCUGGAAACAGCGAGGCUCACAGACUCUGGUGAUGUGACACUGAAGUGUGAGGACCGCCGGCCUCCAAACGACUAAUUGAUGACAAGCAUACGCGAGCUAACGACAAACUCCGCAUUUAAAACAUGCCAGAACCCUGCAGGACUUUCAAGAGGCCCCGCAAGAUUCUUGAGGGCCCAUAUAAGCUCCGCCGCCGUCUCCCGGAUCAAACCGGAGUCAUGAGAGGAUCGACGUAUUCCCAGAAGAGCCUGAGCGUCAGCGGCUCCAGCCGGAUGAGGGUCCAGAGCCCGUCUCCGUCCCGCUGCCGGGGCCCCUCGCACGGCCGGGGACGCACGGGCUUCCAGGGCCAGGCGGUGGAGCUGGACACGGAGCUCCACCAGAACCACGCCAACGAGAAGGAGGAGAUGCAGGAGCUGAACGUGCGCUUCGCCGGAUACAUCGAGAAGGUCCAGGCCCUGGAGCAGAGGAACGCCGCUCUGAGGGCCGAGCUGGAGGUCCUGCAGGGACGCUUCAAAGGAGGGCCCACCGGCCUCGGGGACGAGUACGAGCUCAAGUUCAGAGAGAUGAGAGAGCUGAUCGAAGCCCUGACCGCCGAGAAGGGAGCAGCCGACAUCGACAGGGGAUACAUCCAGGAGGAGGUGGAGGUCUGGAGACUCAAGCUGGACGAGGAGCUGGCCAUCAAAGAGGAAGCUGAGAUGAUUCUUCGCGAGUUCCGUCAGGACGUGGACAACGCCACGCUGCAGAAGGCCGACCUGGAGAAGCGCGUGGAGCAGCUGGUGGCCGAGAUCGAGUUCCUGAAGAAGCUCCACGACGAGGAGGUGUCUGACCUCCUGAAGCAGAUCGAGGAGUCCAAGGUGACGGUGGAGCUGGACUCGGACAGACCGGACCUGGCCGCUUACCUGCGCAACAUGCGCGCCGAGAUCGAGUCCGUGGCCGCUCGCAACGUCCAGGAGGCCGAGAAGUGGUACAAGGGCAAGUUCGACACCCUGAAGGAGCAGGCCAGCAAACACGAGGACCAGAUGAAGAGCAUGAAGGACGAGAUCAGCGUCUUCCACAACCAGGUGACGGAUCUUCAGAACCAGAUCGACGGGCUCCGGGCGAGGAACGCGGCUCUGGAGCAGCAGCUGGAGGACAUGGAGACGGCUCAGCUGGACAAGACCGGCGCUCUGGAGCACAUCAUCGCCCAGCUCGAGGGCCAGCUUUGCGAGACCAAGAUGGACAUGGGCAAAUACAUGGGCGACUACCAGCAGCUGCUCCACAUCAAGCUGAAGCUGGACGCUGAGAUCGCCACCUACAGGAGACUCCUGGAAGGAGAGGAGAAGCGGCUCGGGAUCUCCGCCGAAGCAGUGACAGAAGAGAGAAGCUCAUCCGUAGAGACACACAUCGCCUGAAGAUCAACCUCCACUAAACCAUGAGCUCAACUAGUUAACCAGGCCUCCUGAGACUCAACUACGUCUCACCAGGCUCUAAAUAAAGCUUGAUUUCAAUGCACACUUGUCUCUGUCGUAUGUCUUGUGCACGCUUUAUAAAACUUCAGUUACUCUGAACUGCAGGAAGGGCUCCUUUAUUCCUGGAGGAUCUGUAUUAAUACAAAAUGGCAUCAGAUACUCAGAUCUAUGCAUACAGACGUGGACAUAAUUGCUGGUACCCUUCAGGCAAUGAAAGAAAAACUCACAAUGGUCACAGAAAUAACUUUAAUCUGGCAAAAGUAAUAAUAAAUAAAACAUGUAUGAAUGUUAACCGGUGAAAGUGACACAUUUCUUUUCAACCAUGCUUCAAUGGAAUUCUUUAAAAAAACAAAAACUCAUGGAAUAGGCCUGGACAAAAAUGAAGGCACCCCUAGAAAAGACUGAAUAUAAUGUGACCAAAGGGAUGCGUUAAUUCAAGGUGUGUCCACUAAUUAGCAUCACAGGUGUCUACAAUCUUGUAAUCAGUCAGUGGGGAUAUAUAUAGGGCUCUGGGUAGUCAUUGUGUUGUUUGGUGAACAUGGACCAGAGGAAGAGAAGGAAAGUUAUAGACAAGCAUGUUAAAGGUAAAGGCUAGCUCCAUCUCCAAGCAGCUAGAUGUUCCUGUGACUACAGAUGCACACAUUAUUCAGAAAUAUAAAAUCCAUGGGACUGUAGUCAACCUCCCAAGUCAAAGAGACGGUAACAAAAGAGCCCAGAAAGACUUCUAAAGAGAUUCAAGGUGAACUUCAUGCUGAAGGAACAUCAGUAAGCUUGGUCUCAGUUGCAGGUCAUGGGUCUUGCAACAGGACAAUGACCC